ACAAACCUUGCAAACUGGGAGAAUCAGGCCUAGAGAGAGGAGAUCUGAGCAGUAUGGAAAACAACAAAUGUAUUGUAGCAGAAACUGCCUUUCACGGCAUGAGGGCAGUCUACUCAGCCUGGCCAGUUUUAGACGGUGCAGCCUUGCUACAUGGUGUAAGAAAUGGCUGUAGGAAACAACACUCAACGAAGUUAUUCCAUCAUCCCGUGUUUUAUAUUUGUUGAGCUUGUCAUCAUGGCUGGGACAGUGCUGCUUGCCUACUACUUCGAAUGCACUGACACUUUUCAGGUGCAUAUCCAAGGAUUCUUCUGUCAGGACGGAGACUUAAUGAAGCCUUACCCGGGGACAGAGGAAGAAAGCUUCAUCACCCCUCUGGUGCUCUAUUGUGUGCUGGCUGCCACUCCGACUGCUAUUAUUUUUAUUGGUGAGAUAUCCAUGUAUUUCAUAAAGUCAACCAGAGAGUCUCUAAUUGCCCAGGAGAAAACAAUCCUGACCGGAGAAUGCUGUUACCUGAACCCCUUACUCCGAAGGAUCAUAAGAUUCAUAGGGGUAUUUGCCUUCGGACUUUUUGCUACUGACAUUUUUGUAAACGCCGGACAGGUGGUCACGGGGCACCUAACCCCAUACUUCCUGACAGUGUGCAAGCCGAACUACACCAGUACAGACUGCCGAGCACACCACCAGUUCAUAAACAAUGGCAACAUUUGUACCGGGGACAUGGAAGUGAUAGAAAAGGCUCGGAGGUCCUUUCCCUCCAAACAUGCCGCUCUGAGCAUUUAUUCCGCCUUAUAUGCCACGAUGCAGAAACUGAGCCCCAGAGAAAUAGGUAAGAACCCACAGUUAGACCUGGGACCCAGGCUUCUGGCACCCUGUCGGGGAUCCUCCCACUGCUCACAACAGCACUCUUUGCCAAAGUUCCACUGGUUCCAGGACAGCAUACAUUUCUCACACCUGCCUGCAAGUUUGCAGGUGUGGGCGUUAAUGUGAACGGCUGCGUGGGUAGUGCAACAGACCCGGGAUAAAAACACAGCUUUCCUCUGCUCCUCCCGACACUUUUCUUCACCGUUUACCCAGAACAGAAGGGUGAUCCUACCAGAUCCCCAACACCCGAAAGUUCACGUGUCCCUGCUCCCCAAAUCCUACAGGCUUUGACUGCCCCCGCUAGUGUACAAUGUUCUCUCUACAUUGUUUGCUUUCGUCACAGAGAAAACCUAAAGUGGGUCCCACAUCUUAAAAUACAAGAAGAAACCAUGCUGUCCCUUUUACUUUCCUACUCUUUAAUUGCAUCCAUUUUGGAAAUGACUUCAUCUCCCCUUUCUCUGGCCUAUGCUUCCUUAGAGACAAGAGCACAGAAGUAGAGGGAUCAGCUCAAAGGCCGAUAGCCUAUGCAUUUCCCUGGGGAAGAACAACUAUUGGUCAAAAACACAUCUUUUCCUUACUUGAACUUCAUGUUCCAGGUAGGACUAGCCCAGUGAGUCUCAAUAGAAGGGAAGGUAGAAGGCAGAGGAAAGACCCCUUUGAAAUAAUCCAUUCUUCCCAGAGGUUCUGAGCAAGACUCGCCCCCACCCCCCAGGAGAGCAUGUUCCCACUCCCUCAAGUGAGGGUAACUGCACUCUCUGCUGAGAGUCUGCCUCCGGUUGAAGGGCGUCCCUGCCAGCACCUGGAUGCCUACAUUCAGGGUGGAAAGAAGGGGACUGACUACACGUCUGGUCUACUCAGUACAGCGUCAAGUAGACUGCUGAAUAUUCUCUUUAAAAC